AUGAAAGUCUUUGGUAUUUCACUUGGAAUUUAUGAUUUGUUCGUAUUGAGCUUAACAUUACUUGUUAUAAAAAUACUCAGCUAUUAUUACAAGUAUUAUACGAGAAAAGAUCCACUUCCCGCUCCAUUUCCACUCCCAUUUGUUGGUCACAUCUUUGAUCAUCUUAUCUAUAGUAGCGAUUUUUCCGAGUACUGCCAUCAAUUGCAAGACAAAUAUGGUGACAUUUAUGAGCAAUGGUUUGGAAGCGAGCGUGUAAUAUUCACUACAAGAAUAGAAGAUAUGGAUAAGAUAUUAUCACCAUCAACUAAAAGCAAAUAUCUGACAAGACUUCCUAAUCCCGAAGGAUUGAAAGAAUUAGGGGUAUUCGGAAAAGGACUUUUACUCAACCACGAUGUUAGUAAUUGGAAAUUUAAUAGGCAAUUUUUUACCCAGGCCGUAUCAACGUUAAAUUUUUUAAAAGAAUCCGUUAAUUGUACACAAGCAGUAUUUAACGAGAUGGAAGAGUAUUGGAAAAUUGGAUUAGACGAUAAUAUUAUUACCGAUUUUUCUGAGUGGUCACAUGGUCUUGCUACGGACAUCAUAUUUCAAAUGAUAACUGGAAAGAAAACAUGGGCCACAGCUUCUUAUCUUUUGACUGUUUCACCUGGACUAAAUCCGAUUAAUUUGCAGGGGCUUGAUAAAGAAGAUAUUAAAAAAUCUUCUGAAUUAUCAAAAGCAUUUCAAACGUAUAUAAUGGGACUAGAUUUUUUUACUUUUUUUCCUAAAUGGGUAAGACUCUAUAUCCCUGGUUUUAGAGAUACCCACAAGAAAAUUUUAAGCGCGCGAGACGUACUGUUUAAUAAAUUAGACGAUAUAAUAAAGGAGAGAAGAAAGGAAAUUGAAGGUACACCAAAAAACGAGAAAUUAAGAUCCGACAUGCUCACACUGCUGAUUACCGCCAAUACGGAUAGAAACAUCUCGGAUACAAAAGAUAACACUCAAGAGUACACAAAACCUUUAACAGAUGAGGAAAUACGUGGAAUUAUUAUAGAAGCCUUGGGAGGCGGAAUCGACACCACUGCCAAUGUAUUCAGCUUUAUUAUUUAUUACCUUGCUCAUUAUCCGGAUGUUAAAAAUCGAUUGCGUCAGGAAAUUGAUAAUACAAUUAGCCAUCGAUCGAUUACAUAUGAAGACUUAUCACGCCUGACCUAUUGUGAAGCAGUAAUUAAAGAAGUGACUCGUAUGAUGGCCACAGCACCCUUCAUAGGUCGUGUUAGUUCUGAGCCGGAUUUAAUAGGAGGUGUUGUACGAGAAGCGGGCACACGUUAUUUUAUUUUUACACCAGGAAUUCAUUUAAAUAAGGAUUUUUGGGAAGAACCCCAAAAAUUUAACGUUGAUAGGUUUGUUAAUUUUAAUGAGCAAGAACAACAGAGCGAGAAGAAGUAUAGUUUAAUUAUGUGGGGCGGUGGAUUAAGACAGUGCCCUGGUAGAAAAAUGGCAAUGAUUGAACUGAAAAGUCUAUUAGUUUUAGCAUUCAAAAAUUGGGAUAUUGACUUGGUAGAUUUGAAUGCACCACUGAAGUAUGAAGUCGGUCUCGUUAGAAGUGCCAAAGAUUUGAAUGUUACGAUUAAACCUCGAAGUAAUUAA